AUGGUCCUCGGCGUCAUAACGGCAGUGGCAGCUUGUCCAGCGAUUGUCGGCACAACUGAAGCCAUCCGCUCCAGCCAGAAAAGCCAAAGAAGACAAGAGCACCGAGGCAGGAAAGCCAACCUGAUAGUAUCCUGCUCCGACCCAUCGAGAAAGAGCAAGGAGGUCGACGGGUGUUUUGUGGUGCUCAAAGAUCACAAGCUCUGGGUAGCCACGCGACCCCCCGAAGACGACCACGACGACGAACCCCAAGAUGAUGCCGCGCGCUUCAGGCAGUCGCUGCAUUACGCCCACCACUUUGAAGGCUACUUCUUCCCGCAUCCCGAACACAAAUGGCGCAAAGGCGACGGAUUCGUGAGCACCAUCACCACCGAUCCGCCGCUCCUGAACUGGAUCUAUGUCGAUGCAGAUACCUACGAGUUGAAAUAUGGCAAUAAGAAAGAGUCCGAAGGGCAGAUGCUGGGCCCGUGGGACUGCACCCCGGUCGAUCGCCGUGUGACAUUCGACGGAUGGGAGGGCUUUGCGGUGGCCGAGGAAAAGGACGGGGAGGGGCGAUUGGUGGGCUGGGGGUUGUAUUUUGACUACGAUGAUGAUGGCCUGAGGGAGAAGGUGCCGUUGGAUCGAAGAGUGAUGGAGGUGGAGUUAGUGCGGAGAGAGAUGAGAAUCCCGCCCGUUGCAGAAGAAGAUGAUGAGGAAUCGAUAAAGAAAUGA